CGGCAGCGUGCGCCCGGAUCGCCCGCCCCCAGAGUGCGCUCGGGCGGCAAGCGCCCAGGUGUGGCCCAGGCAGUGGCCAGCGGCUGCGGCGGCGAGGGCCCGCGAGAUUACCGGCGCGCGGCCGAGGGGGCCGCGGCCUGGGCCGAGGGGAACAGGGAGCUCCUCGGGAGCGACGGCCGCCUCGUGCUGUGCGGGUACUCCUCGGGCGGGCACGUGGCCGCGCUGCUCGCCCUGGCGCAGUGCGAGGCGGGGAGGAAGGGCGGCCCCCGCUUCGACGCCGUGGUGCUCAUCUCGGGCCUGUACGAUCUCCGGACCGAGACCCUGAAGGGCCCGGCACGGGUCGUGGCCCCCGCCCUGAACUUCGUGUACAGAGGCAUCCUCGGCCUGGCGGGCGAGCGAGAGCGGCACGAGGCGUCGCCUGCCGCGCUGGUGCGGUCGGGCCAGCAGGGGCGGCUGGACGCGGGGUGCCCCUGGUGGGUCCUGAGCGCCAGGAGGGAGCUCCUGGGGCUGUGGCCGCUCGAGGACGCCGUGUUCGGCUGCUCGGACUUCGUGGACGGCCUCGCGGCCAAGGGCGCAGACGUGAGGAGAGCGGAGUGCGGGUACAACCAUUGGCUGCUGGUGUUCAGCUUCGAUGCGUUCGCAAGGUCUUUUUGCGGGAGCCUCUGAAUUCCCCCCCCCCUGGAAAAUCCAGCAGAUCACCAU